AUGAAGAAGAAUAGCGCGAAAGGUCUUUCCGACGACGCCGACUGUUCGUAUGAAAAAAUAGACUUUCAAAGCGUGAAAAACAGAGUCGUCGAGAAGAUUGAAACCGCCACGGUCGAGCGCGUGCCGUUCUCGCAUGUCUUCGUGAAAGGUAUAUUCUCCGAACGCGUGUACGCGUGCGCUUUGCGUCAUCUGGCGAACAAGGAUACCGAGGAAAAUCUUACGUACGUGCCGAUGGCAAAUUGGCCGGGGCGCAACUCCAUACCUCUGAUUGAUAAAUUCGGUAAGGUGAAAGCGAAGGAACCGUCGUUUUGGGGUCACUUAUCGCGAGCGUUGGGAAGUGACGAGGUGAAAAGUGCGUACGUGAGAAAAUUUGGAGCGACGAUGGAGAGGAGAUUUGGCGGCGUGAAAGUCGAACGCGUGUUGCAAAACGUAAGAUUGAAUCAUCGACUUGACCUGACGAGAGAUACGUCUGGAUAUUCGAUACCUCCGCAUACAGAUACGAACGAGAAGGCAGUGUCGAUACUGUAUUAUUUGGCAUUUCCAGAGACAUCAAAUACGUCGGUUGGUACGAGAAUGUAUGCUUCAAAGAAUAAAAGAGACGACGGUAUUCGAUACCCGCCGCGUGGAAGUACUUCAACGCCGUCUAAAAAUUUCAAUAACGAUUUUGAGGAAGUGGAGAGCAUCCCAUUCGUACCAAACGUAGUGUUUGCGUUCGCUCCGUGCUGGUCGAGUUGGCACGGCGUUGAGAAUAUUGGAAAUGGUGAAAGAGACACAAUCCAGGGUUUCGUAACGAUAGAAGAAUUGGUUGGAGAGGGACAUUUUGACAAAUACGGAAGUCAAAAACCGUGCGUCGCGUGA